GUUUGAAUGUCAGUUUGGUGUUGAAUGCUGUGGAGGCUGGAUGCGAGGUCCAAACGAAGAAUUUUAGAAAGCAUUGGAUUCGACAGUAGUGUUGGAGUCACCAGCAUCCUAAAGUCAGCCUGUGCCUGCCAUACUAUUCCUCUUGUGGUCCUGAACUUUGUGUUGGAGGCCAUGCGUCACGAUACAUCUUCCAGCCGCCGGAAGGGCAAAACACCUCAACGACGUCCCCCAGCUCCUGCCCCAGAGACACCCUCAUCCUCAUCAAAACGAAAAGCACCUUCAAAGCAACCUCCCGCAUCUCCCAGGAAGAGAAGAUUUCGACCAGGAACCAAGGCCUUAAUGGAGAUUCGCAAGUACCAGAAGAGCACUGACCUCCUGCUCAGGAAGAGACCCUUCUCUCGUCUGGUUCGUGAGGUGUCUCAGGAGUUAUCGAUUGAAGCUCUCCGAUGGCAGGUCUUGGCUCUUAUGGCGCUUCAGGAGGCUGCAGAGGCAUUUCUUGUCUUUUUGUUCUCAGACGCCAACCUGUGCGCCAUCCACGCGAAGAGGGUCACCGUAUUCCCCCGUGACAUUCAGCUGGCCAGGAGGAUCCGUGGAGUGGAUAACCUGUAAAAAUAAUGCAAUGCUGUUUGGCCAAGAGUGUAGCAGCAACCUUCUGUCCACCUCUGUUUGAUAUGUUAAUAAUGUGUUUAUCCAGUUAAAAAGUUUUUCUACCUGUUUUACAGUUUUUCUGACUGGGAUAUACUUUGUUUUUUGUACACCUUUUUAUAAGUUGAGUUAAAAAAAAAAAAAAAAUAAGGAUCCAGUGACUGGAAAAAAACAGAAAAUUUCUGUCAGGAAGUUGUGUUUUUAUGUUGUUUAAUUUACUGUACAGAUUUUGAAUUCCAUUUGUUGUAUUGAUUUUGAUGUUAUUUGAUAAAAUGUGACAAAAUUGAAAUAAACCUUUUUUUUAUUUUU